AUGAUCAGGAGGAGUUCUCUUCUUCCCUGCUCUGUGCUUAUUUUCCUGGUGCUUCUCUGUGUUGUUGUGCGUGAGUGCCACUGUGGAUUAGGAGCCUUUUGGGGUGGAUCAACCCCCAAGAAAAUUCCCUUUGGACCUGUUCAGCUCUCACCCCGUGAUGCGAGAUGGCUUUCGCUCUUCACUGUGGUUCAAAUUGGUCAAGGGCAGUGUUCAGCUCCAUCCGGUGAGGUUGGCAAUUGCUUCCCCGGGAAUGAGUGCCAACUCCGCGGUGGAAUCCCCGCGGGGCCCUGUGCUAAUGGCUACGGAAUGUGUUGUGUCUUUCUUGCCACGUGUGGGGGCAUUAUUCGUGAGAAUGGGACAUACUUUGUGAAUCCAAAUCAUCCAGACACGUACGAGGGAACAGGUAGCUGCCAACUGACCAUCUACAAGCUCCAUCCGGAUAUUUGUCAGAUUCGUUUGGAUUUUGAUCAUUUCUCCAUUGCGGGGCCCGAGACGCUGAACCACGUUUGCAAUUCAGAUCAAUUCCUCGUGUCCGGCGGGAGUCCUGCCCCGACGAUCUGUGGCACAGCUGUGGGGGAUCAUAUGUACAUUGAUGCAGGGAUGGGAGUGAGUAACCCCAUUAUUCUCACAGUCAUCACGAGUGGAGUUAAUUUUGCCAGGAAUUGGAGGAUUAGGGUUAGUCAAAUUCCCUGUGGGAGCAUCGCCAAGGCUGAUCAGGGAUGCCUUCAGUACUUCACGGGGGUGAAUGGGCGCGUGAGGAGCUUCAACUUUGACCUGACCAAUGGAAGGCAGCUCUCAAAUCAAGACUACAGCAUCUGCAUUCGAAGUGAGAGGAACUUCUGUGGCAUUCAAUAUUCCGCUUGUCCCGAUCCAGUCAACAAUCGCUCGCGCUCCUUCACUCUUUCGGGGAACUCAAAUCUCCUCGUACCCGCCAUGGUGGGCAGUGGAGCUCAGAAUGCCCCCAAUUCCUGCCCAAAUGAUUGGCUCAUGAUUGGUUGUGCGAGGGUGGCUGAUCGCCAGCCUGUCUCACCCACGUGCGAGGAUCGCAUCUGCGGAGGAACCUUCAAUGCUGAAGUCAAUUCCUUGGAGCGAACUGUCUCCUCCAACGUGCGUCCCUUCAGGCUAGCAUUCCACACAGACGCCGUGGAGGCGCCCAUGGAUCAGGACAAUCGUGGCUUCUGCCUUGAUUUUGUCCAGCAACCCUGUACCAAUGGAUGA